AUGAAGUCGGCGAUUCUUUUGGGCCUCACUGGUCUUGCUGCCAACGUCAACGCACAUCCACACCACGCAGAGAGAUCCAGCAUGGUCAAGCGUGGCGUGGACAUCUCCAAUUAUGCUAUGCCCGAUGUGUCGCGCUACAGCUCAUCGGAGGCUACUGAUGCCAACCCUGUUGCUGCGACUGUGGUCAAGCGCGCUACCUAUGUCGAGACUGCCACGGACUUCGUCAAGCAGACUGUCCCUGGGGCCGAGUUUCGCCUUGUGAAUGAUCACUUCACAAGUGCUAGCGGUAUUUCACACGUCAACUUCAAGCAGACGCAUAAUGGCAUCGAUAUUGACAAUGGUGAUUUCCACGUCAACAUUGGCCGCGACGGAAGCAUCUUCUCUUUCGGAAACAACUUCUUUGAUGGAAAACUUCCUUCAAAGUCUGCUCUUUCCACAAGAGAGUAUUCCAACCCUGUCGAUGCUCUGAAGGGCGUUAUCAACACUUUUGGCUUGGAAGUCAACGCUGCCAACGCUGGUGUUGAAAAGAAAGACGGUGAAAAGUACCUCUUCACCGAGACCACUGGCACUAUUAGCCAGCCCAGCGCUGAGCUUGUCUAUCUAUCCAAGGGCGACGGAAACCUCGUUCUCUCCUGGAAAGUCGAGACUGACGUUGACUCCAACUGGCUCGUCAGCUAUGUCGACGCCAAGGACAACAAAAAGGUUCACAACGUUGUCGACUAUGUCGACGACUUUGCUACGAUGGAGGUUUUUGACUGGAACCUCAUCGAUCCCGGAGAAGGGGACCGCAAAGUCUUAACUGACCCCUGGAAUGUCGAGACAUCUCCCUUUACCUGGUUUAGUGACGGUACUACCAACUAUACAACCACUCGCGGCAACAAUGCGAUUGCACAGAACAACCCCAGCGGCAAUGAUCCAUACAUCAACAACUACCGCCCCAACAGUGCCGACCGCAAGUUUGAGUAUCCCUACACCAACGACAAGGAUCCCAAUGAGUAUGUCGAUGCCUCCAUCACCCAGCUCUUCUACACCUCCAACUUGUUCCAUGACGUCGCCUACAAGUUGGGCUUCACCGAGGCUGCUGGAAACUUCCAAGUCAACAACAACGGCAAGGGAGGCAAGGGCCAAGACUCAGUCAUCCUCAAUACUCAGGAUGGUGACGGCUUUAACAACGCCAACUUCGCCACUCCUCCCGAUGGCCAGAUGCCCCGCAUGAGAAUGUACCUGUUCACGUCGUCGACACCCCGCCGCGACAGUUCUUUUGACCAGUCUGUGGUUGUCCACGAGUACACUCACGGUAUCUCUAACCGUCUCACUGGCGGUCCUGCCAACACCAAAUGCCUCUCCACCACAGAGGCCCGUGGCUUGGGCGAGGGAUGGUCCGACUUCAUGGCCUAUGCCUCCAGCACUCGCAGCGACGACAACCGCAACUCGGUCAACAACUUUGGCCACUGGAUUUCCAACAAGCCCGGAGGAAUCCGCAAGUACCCCUACUCCACCGACAAGGCCGUCAACCCUCUUGUCUACAGCAACGCUGACGGCCAGACUUCCGUCCACUUCAUCGGUACCAUCUGGGCCACCGCUCUCUGGGAGGUCCUCUGGAACCUCAUUGAUAAGCAUGGCAACUCUGAUGCCACCUACCCUACCUUUGAUGCCAAUGGUGUGCCCACAGAUGGCCGUUUCCUUGCCCAGAAGCUCGUUAUCGACGGCAUGAUGCUCCAGCCUUGCAACCCACACAUGCUUCAGGCCCGUGAUGCCAUCUUGGAUGCUGACAAGAACUUGACUGGCGGAAAGAACAAGUGUGAGCUCUGGAACGGCUUUGCUAAGCGCGGUAUGGGUGUCAAGGCUGUGUAUGCCCUUGCCAAGCACACCAACGACUACACCGUUCCUAGCGACUGCACUCAGUAA